GCCUAUCUGCUCCUCCCUGGCCUGGUGGGAACUACCGCCGCCACCUGCUGCGAAAGAAGCACGCUGUUUGCACAGCAUCGUCUUCCUUGUGGUACUUUUCUCCCUGGUGGAACCACUCAAGGAGGCAGUGGAAGCCGGUGGGCGCAGAGCCCCCUGUCCUGCGAAAUGGGUUCGGGGAAACAGUGAGAGGGGAUGGGAGUGUCGCGUUUUGUCGGCUUCACUCUCCGGUCUCUGGGUUGGGGCUGCGGCUUCUCACGGCGGCGCGAAGGAACCCGGUGAAGGGCAUGCAUGGCUGAGGCGCACGAGCAGGAAUUUCAGCUGAUCUUAUUCCUGAUGAUGAGCUAUUAGAAGUCUAUGCCCUGCACUGGGGAUUGCUUUAGAGAGGACUUGGGCAAUUUCUUGGAGAAACAGGGUUCAUGCUACUUGGCUUCAGAGGUCAACAUUUCCACUGACUCUUAAAGGGAGAAGCUGCACUGCAACCUCAGUGGCUUUUAGAUCUCUUUGAGGAAGAGACUUCAGAACUUUCUGGGAUGCUGGUGGAGCAGCAUAAUGCGACGCAGAAUAUGGGAACUCAGCACCGAACAAAAGUGGAUGUUCCUGAUUAUGCUCUUUACACUGUAGGUUCCUGUGUUCUUGCCAUUGGCUCUGUUGGAAUCAUAGGAAACCUCCUUGUCCUCUAUGCAUUUUACAGUAACAAGAGGCUGAGGACACCGGCAAACUAUUUCAUAAUGAAUUUAGCAGCAAGUGAUUUUCUGAUGUCUGCAACUCAGGCUCCAGUCUGCUUUUUCAACAGCAUGCACAGGGAAUGGGUACUUGGAGAUAUAGGUUGCAAUUUGUACGCUUUUUGUGGGGCACUCUUUGGAAUAACUUCGAUGAUGACUUUAUUAGCUAUUUCAGUUGAUCGCUACUGUGUGAUUACUAAGCCUCUGCAAUCUAUAAAAAAGACUUCAAAGAAACGCUCGUGCCUAAUCAUUGUCUUUGUCUGGCUCUACUCGCUGGGAUGGAGUGUAUGUCCGCUCUUUGGGUGGAGUUCCUAUAUACCUGAAGGUUUGAUGAUAUCCUGUACGUGGGACUACGUAACCUAUUCUCCAGCAAACAGAAGUUAUACCAUGUUGUUAUGCUGCUGCGUGUUCUUCAUCCCUCUGAUAAUAAUCUUCCAUUGCUAUUUAUCCAUGUUUCUGGCCAUAAGAAGUACUGGCAGGAAUGUUCAAAAGUUAGGAUCAACCUAUAACCGGAAGUCCUCUGUCUCACAGUCACUCAAGAGUGAAUGGAAGCUGGCAAAAAUUGCCUUUGUGGCUAUUGUGGUGUUUGUCCUGUCCUGGUCUCCAUAUGCUUGUGUUACUCUGAUUGCAUGGGCAGGCUAUGCCAGGAUCUUAACUCCAUAUUCUAAAUCCGUGCCAGCUGUUAUUGCCAAAGCUUCUGCAAUCUACAAUCCCAUAAUCUAUGCAAUCAUUCACCCAAGAUACAGGAAAACUAUCCGAAAUGCUGUCCCUUGCUUGAGAUUCCUUAUACGGAUAUCACAAAGUGAUCUUUCAACAAGUUCUGUAAAUGAGUCUUCAUUCAGGUCUUCUGUGUCCAGCCGUCACUCUUUCGCUGCCAGGAACAAGAGCAGUUGUGUUUCUUCCAUUUCUGCUGCAGAAGCUACUUGGAGUAAUAUGGAGCUCGACCCUGUGGAGCCAGCCCACUACAACCCUGUUGAAGGAACUAAGGAACUACAACCCCAUCAAAGUAACUCUUUUUCAGAGCAAGCAACAGAAGAAAGGAGUAGAUUGCUCCUGAAGGUCCAGAGCUGUAACGUACCAAUGGUAGAAAAGGUUGCACUGUCAUCCAUCAGUCUACAGGAACCAAUUGGGAGAUCCUUUGGAGAGAAUGUCCCAGAAUUGCUACUUAGAAGCAGUUCUUUGAGAACAUAUUCUCUUCCAUUUGGCUUGAAUGGUAGCAGCAUGGGAGAAAGUACAGACACUUCUCACAUGGAAGUUCAAGAACAGCAAAUAAAUGGAAGCCUGGACUCUUUCAUAAGCCUUACCCUUCCACAAAUAGUUAUCAUUUCUACCUCUGUGACCACUCUCUCUGAAGGGCAAACUGAGUAAGAAAAUGCACAACAGGAAAAUUCUGAUGUAUUAUAUUCUCAAGGGAAGAAUCACGUGUUGGACAUAGGAAGGCUUAGCUCCUCUACUGAUCUCCUUGAAGCAGUUGAGAAGCUUCUGUCAUAAAUAUAGAAGAGAAUAACUAUUUGGUCUCCUGCUGCUUUCCAUUAUUAUACCAAAACACACACACACACGCCUCUGAGCCUUGUAGAUUAUAAACAUAACUUUUUGUAUUGUUUUUGUAACACAAUCUUUAGACCAUUCCUGAAUUUUAUGCACUUUGCAGAAGCAAAUGACGAUGAUAGAUGCUAAAGGCCCACAGCAUCCAUAGCUUAGAUAACAAGUGUUUGCCAACCAAAACACCUAGUAAGUAUUUCUCUGUAUAUGUAUUUGGGAUAGGUCUUCAUGCUUUGAUACCUUCCUAAGCACGUCCAUUGCUGGAGUGCUCAGCAGGCAUAAGCCUUGACAUAUUUCCAGAUUCCGAGAUUAGUUCCAACAAGAAGUAUCAGUUAUGCAUCCCUCAAUACAUCAUGUCCAAGAAUUGGUCCUUCUCCACUUUAGCCACCAACUGAAAGAUGGUAGAUCAAGUGGAGAUGGUUGAGGGGUACAAGCUGCAGUUGCUUAGCAAUCAGAAACCAGUUGACUUUUUGCCCUGACUUGGCACAAUGGUUAGUUUGCAAUCUAUCCUAGACCUGAAGUUUUGACCAGAGGAGAAAGAAAUGAGAGUAACAAAAGAAUGAGCAACCCUCAAAAUAAAACUUCCCAAUUGUUCACAGGUUAAUGAGCCUAGUUUCUGGAAAGAAAGUGCCCAAACUGUGCACAUUAGUUUUAAUAUAGUAUAGCACCUGUCGAGUCCAGAUGUAAAGAUGUCAGCCUCUAUCAAUCACUGGUGUCAACCCUUAUCAGUUACAAGGGGAAAUAAGACUAUUGUGCAAAGCUAAUGCAGUCAUCCCUGUCUUAUCCCUAUAGAAGGGAAAAAAUCAUUUUAGAUUGUUGUUAACAGUAUGUGUCAUUAGUAAUGAACUCGCUGUUAAAGU